AUGAAAAUUUCUCAAGUAAUCAUUUCCACACUCUUAUUGUGUGGUUUGGUUGUGAUGGUCAACGGUGAUAUCCCUGUCCAUUGCUUGUUCCAUCAAGUUUUCGGUGAUUGGACCUUCUAUCGUACCUCAACUUCAUUCUCUAAUGAUGUUGUUCAUAAUACUUGUGCUUUGACUAAUCCUCUUCCUAAUGUUAAUGUUGACACUAUUAAAUUGAGAUUGUUGGCUCCUGAUGUUGUUUAUGAUGAACAAGGAAAUGAAGGCUUCUGGACUUUGAUUUAUGAUCAAGGCUUUGAAGUUGUUAUUAACAAGCAAAAGUAUUUCGCCUUCUUCAAUUAUACCCAACAAGGAAAGGUUGUUACUAGUAACUGUGGUCAAACCUUCACUGGUUGGUAUCAUGAUGCUGGUAUUGCUGUUAAGAAGUUCGGUUGUUUCAGAGGUAUUAGAACUGGUGCUCCAUCUGAAUCCACUCAUGAACAUGAACUCAUGUCUGCUCCAAAGGUUGACUUGAAGAAUAAGGUCUUUACCAAUAAUAUGGAAAAGAUUAAUACUAUUAACAAGAGUCAAAAGAUGUGGCAAGCUACUGCCUAUCCACAAUUUGAAGGUAAAUCUCUCGAAUUUAUGAGAAGAAUUGCUGGUGGUCGUACUGCUAACAAGAAUCGUAAGGCUGCUUUGAAGGCUCAAAAGGAAAGAUUCCAAACUAUUUUCCAAACUCAAGCAAGAGUUAAUGGUAACAAGAAGAUUAUUACUGAAGAAGAUGUUAAUGCAUUGCCAAAGGAAUUCUCCUGGACCAAUGUUAAUGGCAUGAAUUUGGUUGUUCCAGUCAGAAAUCAAGGUGUAUUCUGCGGAAGUUGCUAUGCGUUCAGUUCAAGUGACAUGUUUGGCAGUAGAGUUCGUGUUAUUACUAAUGGUACUAAGACACCAGUUUAUUCUCCACAAGAUAUUGUUGAAUGUUCCGCAUAUUCUCAAGGAUGUGAUGGUGGUUUCAUGUAUUUGGUUUCCAAGUAUGCUGAAGAUUAUGGUUUGGCUGAAGAAUCAUGUGAUCCAUACAAGGGUGUUGAUAGUGUCUGUAAGAAGGAUCAAUGUCCAAAGAGAGCUUAUGGUACUAACUAUGCCUACACUGGAGGUUUUUACGGAGCUACUAAUGCUAAGAAUAUGAUGUAUGAAUUGUAUCAUGGAGGUCCACUUGCUAUUGCAUUUGAAGUCUAUGAUGACUUUUUCAAUUAUAAGGGAGGUGUUUACACUCACUCAACUGCUCUCAAGACCAAGAUUGCUGAACCAGGUUGGGAAGAAACUAACCAUGCUGUUUUGCUUGUUGGUUGGGGUGAAGAAAAUGGAGUUCCAUAUUGGUUAGUUAAGAAUUCAUGGGGUACAUCAUGGGGAAUUAACGGUUUCUUUAAGAUUAAGAGAGGUACUGAUGAAUGUGAUUGUGAAUCUGAAGCUGUUAGUGCUGAUAUUUACAGUUAUUAA